UUUUACACCGUGUUGUUUACUAUAUUAAAUAUCAUAAUACUUAUAACUUAAGGGUGACAGCUAGUAAAAUGUCACAAGCACAUACAUUCUGGUAUGUGUUUUUGGUUCUUCUGGUCUCACAAGCCUCUUGUUGGAUAUCAGAAUGUAAUUCAACAGAACCAAAUUGGCCACAAAAACACAGAGAUUAUGCAAGCAGACCAAUCAGUGAUCCUUUCUGCAAGGCUGGCCUAAUUCCAUUCUGUCCUACCGGAAUGCAAUCAAACUUUAUGCCUAAAGUGGCACCAACAGAUACCUUGUAUGUCUAUGCAAUGAAAGCUCCAGUGUGGGAGUUUAAAUUUGGAGAUUUCCUUAAAAAGUUUAACAUCAUGCACGAUGCCAUAGGAUUUCAUCAUGUCCAGUCUGGUCUUAACAUGACCAUGGAAUGGUAUGAGCUGUUCCAGUUGUUCAACUGCACAUUUCCCCAUGACAGACAGCAGCAAAAUGAUCUGCUCUGGUGCAACCAAGGCGCAUCUUGCAUCUACAUGGGCAUAGAUGAGAAGCACUGGAGGGACAAUGGUACCCUGGUCAAAGUCAGCGAAAUUUCCGGUGAUACUUUCAACAAGUUUGCUGAUUGGACAGAAUCUGACAACAAUACAUUCCCAUUUUAUGAAACAUGGACAGUUAAGGAAAAGCCAACUGGUGUCACAUGGUUUGAUCCCUUUGACUGCGCCUCCUGGGUCAUCAGAGCUUUUGACAAAAUGCACGAGUACGGCGCUACGUUCAACCAGUCGGUUCACCUCAACUACACCAAGGCAGUCCUCUACAGUAAAAAACCAACUUGCGUCGGCAACGCCACUACAAUUUAUCAAAACAAAGGCCUUCUGGAGAGCUUGAAGAAGUUUUACUCCUACUUCCAGAGCAGGCAAAGCAUGGUUGAUGUCCUGGCGCACUUGAUUGAGUACCUCCCAUACUUUUUACUAUAUGAUACAUUCUACUUGUACUACAAUGAUGAAUACUGGCAUUUACCAUUACAAUAUCCUUACAUACAAAUAACGUAUGAAGAAGUGCCUCUCCCCGGUCCAUAAGCAAUGCAUCUACUUAUUUAUUUAAAAACACACCAAGCUUUCUGCUGCUUUUUACUGAUAAAAUUCUACAAAAACUUAAUAUUUUUGUACUGUUAAUAAAUUUGUAUUAAUUUUUUAAAAGGUUAGCUUGCAAUUGUGUGUGUAUGUCCUGCUGAAGAAAAUUGUUAUAUGCUUCUGACUGUUAUGCUCAAUCCAUUUUUAUAAAUAAGUAUAUAAAGAUGUUUAUAAUAAGAAGCUUUUGAGAAUGCACAAAAUAGAAGAAAAAUAAAAUUGACUUCUUCAAAUAGGUUAUUUUGUCUUCCAAUAAAAACUUCAGAUUAGAAACUACGAAGCUAUGUAUCCUAUGUUGAACUUUUAUAAGAAAUAUUGCUUGUUUUUUUUUAUUAUUGCUUUUUACAAUCAUCAAAAUAAUAUUUUUAUCAUAUUUUUUAUAUACCAGUUUUAAUGUAAACUUUGUUACAUUUAUUUUAUCUCAUUCCAGUUGUUAAUUUUUUUUUUUUAAUGAAAUCUUUUUACCAUUAAUAUAGGAUGAAAUUAAUUUUUUUUUCUUUUUCUUAAAUCAGACUAGCAUUAAGAAAAGCUGUGCAAUUUUUAUUUUUUAUUUUUUUUAAAGAUGAAUUACUUUUUCAAAAAAUGUUUUUAAAAAAUGUAUUGGUAUGUAAUAAAUCUUUUAUUGCUUUUUUUUUCAUUGUUAUUGAUAUUUUAUUUUAAUAUUUUUUGGCUAGAAUCUAAAUAUUCUUUUUCUCAAAAUUUGAAAACUUAUCUAACAACUAUUACUGUAGUUACAAGAGUUUUUAGCAUUUAAAUUUUGCAUUUACUGUUGUGAAAUAGUUUUCACAAAUCAGAUAUUCAAAGUGUAACCUUAGCUCAAAAAAACAUACUAAGAACAAACAAACAAAUGUGAUGUUCUUCUUCUUCUUC